AAUUUACGGAAUUAACAGUAGGAUGUCACGCAUUAAUGUCUAAUAAGUAAAUAUUAAGCCAAUGGAGUCAUUAACUGAACCAGUUAGAAAAAGCGCUUUAGACGUGGUGCAAUAUAAUCUUCGCGCUGCUGGUUACAAAUCUUACAUUACGCGGGUCGUUUACUUUGGGGAAUAUCACGGAACUCACGAAGUUUUACGAAAGAGAAUGGAGAAUAUUAUACGGGAUUUACGCGCGGAUUACAAUAACAUGCCCAUCACGGGACUGUUUCUUGUCUACCCGACAUGUUACAUCCACGUGUUAGAGGCGUGGGAAGAUAUCAUUUAUAAGCACUACGAGCUUGUGUACGCCGUGGACGACGAUGAAUGUAAAUUCGGGAGAGCAAUUCCCCUGCCUUCGUAUCAUCACGUUCAUCAAAGAUACUUCUCGGGGUGGUGCCACGUCUACACGAUACCGCCGACCUUACUGGGGACGUUAGAAGCUCGUACGUUGGACGAAAUUCUAAAGCAAGUCUCAAACUGUCUAAUAAAGGUGUACACGUUAUGCGAGUAUAUUGCGAACGCGGUGCGUGAAAAGUCGAUCGACGUUCAAGACGUGCUACGGAACUUGGGAGACAAAGCGGCCCGGUAUCUCCCCGAGAGCACGCUCCUCGAGUUUCUCUUGAACGUGAACUCGUCCGUGCUCAAAACCGUCGAGGAGUAUUUGCAAAUGUAUUCCGAUGCGUCGCCGAGCCCGUUCUGGGACGAUAAUAAUGUCUGGCCACCGCCUUGCGAUAUUAUGCCUCGCGACGUGUACGACGGUCGAACGGUUCCGAAUCACCGGAGCAGCGAAAAGUAGAGACGUGCCCUGGAAAUCCAACUGUCGCCAGCAAGACGCGGAAAUAAAAGGUGACUUGUCAUCCCUCUUUUUUUCUUCCUUGAUCUUUCCUUUUGGAUUUAAUCAAACGUGCGAAUAAAAGGGAAUUAAUAAAUAUAUAUUUUCCCAGACG